AUGAAUCUCUUUCACUUAAUCUUUUUCACUCUUGUUGCUCUUUUUGUUCGUAGUUGUGAAAAUAUAGUUCAAGCUAUUCAACAACAUGAUAGUUUAAUAGCAAAAAAUCGUCUUGCAGCUGCACCAAUUAAGUCAGGUAAAAAGUUUUCAUAUCGAGUGAUUCCUGGUGAACCUAAUCCAAAUCGUCUUGCAGCUGCACCAAUUAAGUCAACCAAAAAGUUCUCAUACCGUGUAAUUCUUGGUGAAUCUGAUCCAGAUCGUCCUGUAGCUGCACCAAUCAAGUCAGGCAAAAAGUUUUCAUACCGUGUGAUUUCUGGUGAACCUGAUCCAGAUCGUUCUGCCACUGCACCAAUCAAGUCAGGAAAAAAGUUUUCAUACCAUGUGAUUCCUGGUGAACCUGAUCCAGAUCGUCUUGUAACUGCACCAAUCAACUUAGGCAAAAAAUUUGCAUACCGUGUGAUUCCUGGUGAACCUGAUCCAGAUCGUCCUGCAGCUGCACCAAUUACGCCAAGCAAAAAAAUUUCAUACCGUGUGUUUCCUGGUGAAACUGAUCCAGAUCGUCUUGUAGCUGCACCAAUCAAGUCAGAUCGUCCUGUAGCUGCACCAAUCAAGUCAGGCAAAAAGUUUUCAUACCGUGUGAUUUCUGGUGAACCUGAUCCAGAUCAUCCUGCAUCUACACCAAUUAAGUCAGGUAAAAAGAUUUCAUUCCGUGUGAUCCCUGGUGAACCUGAUCCAUAUCGUCCUGCAACUGCACCAAUUAAGCCAGGCAAAAAGCCUUCAUACCGUGAUAUUCCUGGUGAACCUGAUCCAGAUCGUCCUGUAGCUGUACCAAUCAAGUUCGGUAAAAAAUUUUCAUAUCGUGUGAUUCCUGGUGAACCUGAUCCAGAUCGUCCUGCAGCUGCACCAAUUACGCCAAGCAAAAAAAUUUCAUACCGUGUGUUUCCUGGUGAAACUGAUCCAGAUCGUCUUGUAGCUGCACCAAUUACGUCAGGUAAAAAGUUUUCAUACCGUGUGAUUCCUGGUAAACCUGAUCCAGAUCGUCCUGCAGCUGCACCAAUUAAGUCAGGUAAAAAGUUUCCAUACCGUGUGAUUUCUGGUGAACCUGAUCCAGAUCGUUCUGCCACUGCACCAAUCAAGUCAGGAAAAAAGUUUUCAUACCAUGUGAUUCCUGGUGAACCUGAUCCAGAUCGUCUUGUAACUGCACCAAUCAACUUAGGCAAAAAAUUUGCAUACCGUGUGAUUCCUGGUGAACCUGAUCCAAAUCGUCUUGUAGCUGCACCAAUCAAGUCAGACAAAAAAUUAUAUACACCGACACUUUAA